UAUUCUCUCAUACAUCUUCUGCCUAAGGAAGGACUCUCAGAGCUGCGUGUUGGUCCGGCGUACUGUUGAGCACAGAAGCGACUUUGGUGCCAUCAAUCAGAGAACGAUGGGUGAGUGGGAUUUCCUGGGCCGUCUGCUGGACAAGGUGCAGACCCACACCACGGUCAUCGGGAAGGUCUGGCUCACCGUCCUCUUCGUCUUCAGGAUCUUGGUCCUGGGGGCGGGGGCCGAGAAGGUGUGGGGGGACGAGCAGUCAGACUUCAUCUGCAACACGAAGCAGCCCGGCUGUGAGAACGUCUGCUACGACCACGCCUUCCCCAUCUCACACAUCCGCUUCUGGGUGCUACAGAUUGUGUUUGUGUCCACGCCUACCCUGGUAUACCUGGGCCAUGUCAUGCACAUCAUCCACACGGAAAAGAAGAUCCGACAAAAGAUGGAGAGGCAGGCCCAGGAUGAAUGCACCAGUCUGAUCUUGAAGAAACAGUGCAAGACCCUAAAAUACAUCAGCAGCACGGGCAAGGUCAGCCUUCAUGGGCGCCUUUUGCAGAGCUACUUGGCCAACGUGAUCACUAAGAUCCUCUUGGAGCUUGGCUUCAUCAUGGGUCAGUACUAUCUGUUUGGCUUCAAUCUCCAGGCCCGCUAUGUCUGCGGCAUGUUUCCAUGCCCUCACCAAGUGGACUGUUUCAUGUCCAGGCCCACCGAGAAGAAUGUUUUCAUCUGGUUCAUGCUGGUGGUCGCCUGUGUGUCACUGCUCCUCAACUUGGCUGAAAUCUUCUACCUGUGCGCUAGGAAGGUCAGCUCGUGCAUGGAGAGGAAGCAGGACUACAGGGUGACAGACGACGGAGAUGAGCUUAGAAACAAGGACCAAGCGCUUCAGAACUGGGUGAAUAUGGAGCUGCAGCUCCACGGUAGAAAGCUAGGGAGCGGUCUCACCAAGAGCCUGGUCUCAGAAGACAACAGCAUCAACCUGGAGGAAGUUCAGAUUUAAACAGCUAACAAGUACUACACAGUCAAAGAAAAUGAUCUUCAUGUUGAUGUAAAACUAUGGUAUUACUCCUGUCAAAGUGUGUCAGCUUAGCCAUUUCAAAACCCCUCCUAAAGUCACCCAUACAGUAUGUUUGAAUUUUGAAUUGUAUUGUUUUCUGAGCAAGUCUACAUUUUCUACCCAGAUAAAUAGCCCUUACACAUUGUCUUUGACUGCCGAAGACUUUGCACAGUAUUGUACAUUUAGCUUAUAUUUGCAUGUAGCUGCCUGAGAUUUUAUUACUUUAGAUUAGAUUCAACUUCAUAGUCAUUCUGCUGAGUGGAGGAACGCUGUUAGCAACUAAUUAAUAUUAAACAAAUUUUCUUGUGAUUGGCAAUAAAUAAAUGUUCAUUGAGAUUUCAAGAAAAUGUACUGGAACUUUCUGUUACCAUUUCGCGCCGCACCUGCAGAGCUGAGAUUCUCAGUCUGGCAUCAGCGGCCUGAUGGAUAAUCGGCGGUGGAUGUUUUUGCUGGAAUUUCUGUAAAACAAACAUGACAAACACUAAGCUUUCAUAAAAAAUUAAAUCAAAUAUCAGAUGCACAGACUAGAUUCUGGUUUGUCCUAUACUGUAAUUAUAUUAAAAGUAUGCAGAGAUUUCAGCGUAAUUCAAUGCAUUGUGACAAAUAUUUCCUUUAGUAAAAAUGCACAAAAUAUAUUUUCGGCUGACAUUUUUCACCACUUAUACCACAUUAUAUAUUAUGUAUAAAUAUCACGUCAGAAGAUGACAAGGAAACUCUCUUUUUGAACGUAUUUGACCUUUAUUGUGAGGUCCUAUCAAUCAUUAACAUGCCUGCCAACAUAUUAUUGCAUCGGGAGUUUAGCUUUUCGAAUUCCCUCUGUAAUAUUUGCUGAGUGUCCGGGAACGUGACCGCUUGCCAGUCUGUGCGUCGAUUGCACAACUUUCCACAAGCCAAAAACUCAAGGUCCAAGCCAGAGUAACUCUCUCUCCUUAGAGGUGCUAGCUGACAUAAAAGGAACAGGUCGUGUUGUAAAG